CUCCAGCCCGCAGUGAGUACGAGGAGUGCGUUUGGUUACUGAGAGUCUAAAUGGCGGACGCGGAGAAGGGGCCGUAGCAAGAACAAUAACAUUUCAGUCAUUUACUACAAGGCGCCGUGAAAUCGGUUCGGAACCCUCAAAACACGCCCUCUGCUAGAGGGGAUUUCCAUGCAUAUGUAGCUAAGCGUUCGUUUCGGGACUGUGGUCGAGCUUUUGACAAUUUUCGGGCUUUGCAGCGGUCUCUGCUCAUUUCAGCGGAGUUCUGAAGGAAGGAAGUGUCUCUUCAUGGUGGCCCUGUAAACAUGGGCGACUCUCUCGGUCUGAUAGGGAAGCGGCUGCUGCUGCUCCUCAGCGAUGGAGCUUCUUCUGCGGCCAGCGACGUGGACCAGGCCGCCUGGCUGCGGGGGACCGUGCGGGCGGUUAGUGUGAGCGGCCUGGCGAGCCCGGGGGUGGAGGUGUUCCUGGAGUUUGAGGACAGCCCGUGGCGGCAGCGAUCCUGGGUGCAGUUAUACGGAGAUGAGGUACGAGCAGCUAUGAUGGAGAGCACCAUUGUAUGGGCCCCCCAACAUGAGUCUACCAUUUCUGCAUCAGGUGGAACAUCUACCAGCCUUUGGCCAGCCCUGGUAUUCCAACCUCUUGUGGACCGUGUGGGGUUGGGAUCUGUGGUUCCUGUGGAGUUCUUUGGAACCAGAAAGCUGGAGUUUCUUCCCACCGGAAACUCGCUACAGAGAUUUGAGGCUGAGAAAGAUGUGAGGCACUCCCUACUGCAGGAGCACCCAGCCCUCCAUGCUGCUAUCAGCAACUGGCACCGGGACUCUGAACUGCAAGAAAUUCUUAGAAAAGGACCCUACACUAUUCAGGGAAGGAGGGUGCAGGUGUACCAGCCAGAGUAUGAGGAACCUUGGGCACUGGGGCUUGUUUCUCAGCAUAAUCCUGCAUCUCACAUCAUGGAGAUUACGAUGGAUCAGGGUGAAGAAACUCAGGUUGUUGAUCCCCGAGUCAUUCAUGUAAUGCUUGCCAUGGAUAAUGCAGAUGAGAGCCAUGAUCGGCGUAGAAAGGAGCUGGAUGGAGGGAAAGGUGAAGGUGGGCGGCGGCGGCGGACUGCGUCUGAAGAUGACGAGGACAUGAACCUCAAGCGCUUUAAAGGAGCCGGAGAGGGUCAAGCAGAUGACCAGAAUGGCACCGGUUCCGGCAAGGACUGCGAGCCCAUGGUAACCAGGGGUGGAGAGGCACCCCCAAUGGGAGUGGUAGAGGGGAAGGAUGGAGUGGGGGGAAUAUCUGGGAGGGGGAGCUCCAAUGCUAGUCCAGAAGUGAUAACUCUGGCCAGCCAAAGCUUGGCUAAUAGUAAUUCCUCUCAGCAGGAUCAUUCCAGUGGCAGAUCUGUUGGCUUCAUCAAAGAGAAUGGCAACUCCUCCCAAAGCCAAGAUAAAAUGGGCCCUGUUGCAUCUACAGUGCUUUCCACGUCCACCCCGACACCACCGCCUUUGAAGCCCGCUCCGUCUGCGUUUUCUAAUGCUUUUCCAUCUUUGGGUCAGAUGCCCAACUUGGUGCCUGGAACUCCUGCUCCCAAAUGUUCCCCAACAGCCCCGGCAGCGGAGAGGGACGAUGGCGUCCUUGCAGGCUAUCCAAAAACUGCUGCUCUGGUAUCCCCAGGCCCUGUCACCAUCUCUUCACCUUCGCAGGACAAUGCUCCCAGUGUGGUCCUUUCUGCACCCCCUGACCCCAGCCAGAAGGCUCCUGUAUGGGGAUCUCCCCCAGAUGCAAGCCAAACACCCAAGACAACCACUCUUGCUGCCGGAUUCAGUCCAUCACAGCCUAAACAGACCAGCGGUGCAGUAUUUGGUGAUGUCCCUGCACAGACCAAUGGAUCUUCCCAGGAGAACAAACCCUUUGGAUUUUAUUUUGCCAACCCAAAAGAACCUCAGCAGCAGGCAUCUGAUCCAUCACAGAACUUAUUCUUCCAGUGCAUGUCUCAGACGCAAGCUCAAAGCCCGAGCAUCGCUCAGGGCCAGGCAAAAGACAAUAACUACUUUACAGCCUUGUCGGAGUGCCUGAGUAAGGAGUCGCCAAGCUUAUUCAAGCCUGCUGCUCCCUCUGAGGGCCUAAAAAAGGCAGUUGUGGCCUCUGCGUCUGCAGGACUCUUUGGUUCUGCACCUGCCGGCAGCUUGGUAUCGUUAAAAGAGCAGCCCAAAGUGCCUGAUGCCAAGCCGACAGGUAAUGGAAUUCUAAUGGGCAAGUCUUUUGCAGCAGGAGGAGACACGCUGGGGAAAUUGCCUGCUGGUUUUCCCACAACCAUUGGAAGCAGCCCUGUUGUGGGUUUGGGGGACGUUUCCAAACCUGCUACUGGACUUGCAACCUCCUUGGGUCCAGGAUCUGCUGGACUGAGUGGUGCAGGCGGUGGGAUGAGAAAUCCUACUGGUGCUAGUUCUGGAUUUGGUAUGCUCUCAGGCAGCAAGGUUUCAGAAACUCAUGAGAACUUAUUUCUGCAGGCUUCAAAAGAGUCUAAUCCAUUUCUUGCUUAUGGUGGAGCAGGCUCACAUGGCCCAUUCAGUGCGUUGUCCACCUCAAAACUGCCCUCGUCAGUGUCCUCUCCUCUGGACACAGGGGGCUCUGGUAUUCUUAACCAAGAUCCUCCAGCCUCCGAUAGCCAACCCAAUUUAUUCACCAUGGUUGAACCUCCCAAGGGAAUGCUAUCUUCCCAGUUUACUGGCUCUUCUUCUUCCUCUUCAUCUGCUCCUUUCAUGUCAGCAGCCCAAGACAGGCAACAGGUGCUCAAACCCGACAAAGAGGAUACGAUGGGUGGUGCUGAACCUUGUGUCGACUCCGAAGGUGGGCUUGCAGAAAGCCCGGCUACCCCCACAACCUUUGACCAGACGUCUCAAAACUUCUCCCUGGAUGAGCGCGGCCAAAUGAGCAAACGGGACUCUGAUUCCAGCUCGAAUAGUGACCUCUCUGACCUGAGUGAGGCUGAGGAGACCUCGGAACAAAGCCAGAAGCCUGGUGGCCAGCUCAAUGCUGCAGAUGGUGCUGAAGCGCAGAAGCUUAACACUCUUGCUGCUGCUAAAAGCCGGCCAAGGAGCAAACCCUUCAAAGUAUGUCAGUCAGUGCUGAAAGACCAGAGUAAGGUGCGGCGUCUGAAGCAGUCUGGCGAGGCCUUCCUGCAGGAUGGCUCCUGCAUCAGUGUGGCACCGCACCUGCAUAAGUGCCGGGAGUGCCGCCUAGAGCGCUACCGCAAAUCCCGCGAACAAGACUUGGACGAUGAUGACCCCAACGUGGCAUGUCGUUUUUUUCACUUCCGCAGGCUAGCGUUCACGAAGAAGGGGGUGCUUCGUGUGGAGGGCUUCCUGAGCCCACAGCAGAGUGAUAACAUGGCCAUGGGCCUGUGGCUCCCCUCCCCAAAUGCACAAGGGGGGCUCGAUCUGGACACGUCCAAAUAUAUCCUAGCCAAUGUAGGUGACCAGUUCUGCCAGCUCGUCAUGUCUGAGAAGGAGGCCAUGAUGAUGGUGGAGCCUCACCAGAAGGUGGCAUGGAAACGAGCGGUGCGGGGAGUGAGAGAGAUGUGUGAUGUGUGUGAGACAACACUCUUCAACAUCCAUUGGGUAUGCCGCAAGUGUGGCUUCGGCGUCUGUCUGGACUGCUACCGGCUACGGAGGAGCCGGCCACAUGAUGUGGAUGACGACAAUCCAGAUGAUGAGGUCUUCUCAUGGCUGAAGUGUGCGAAAGGUCAACCUCAUGAACCCCAGAACCUCAUGCCCACUCAGAUUAUACCUGGCACAGCACUGUACAAUAUUGGGGAUAUGGUACACGCAGCACGAGGGAAGUGGGGAAUCAAGGCAAACUGUCCUUGCACUAGCCGGCACAGCAAACCUUUGGUGCGGCCUACAGCUCCCAAUGGCCUUUCUCAGUCAGGUGCAACAUCCAGCACGGGAAAUGGUGCUUCCACUUCAUCCACACCUCGCCCAGAUGGGGAUCCCACAACAGCUCUGAUAGUCAAAGUGGAACCUGGCACAGAGGCAAGCAGCGCUGAAACGUCAUCAGCCACCAGCAGUACCAGCAGUAAUGCUACAUCUCCAGGCGCUGUCCAGGCGGCUGGUUCCAAGGAUGGCAAGAGCAACCCCUCCUCUGCUCUCCACUGGCUAGCUGACCUGGCCACACAGAAGGCUAAAGAGGACUCCAAAGAUUCAGGCUCUCUGCGCGCUAUGAUGGGUCGUGAACCUCGUGCUCCCUUUGGUCUGGAUGCCUUCAGCACCAUCUCCAAACCAACAAGCCCCAGUCCCAAGCUUUUCAACAGUCUUUUGUUGGGGUCUGGGCCUGUCCAGCCUAAAACUGAGGGCACCAGCCUGCGAGACCUGCUUAAUUCUGGCCCUGGCAAACUGCCCCAGGCUCCUGAUAGUGGAGUCCCUUUCCCCUCAGUAUUCUCUUCUUCAUCCGGGUCUGAUAAGAUGAAAGGAGGUCUACCUACCAUACUGGACCAUAUCAUCGCUUCUGUGGUGGAGAACAAGAUAGCUGAAGGGCGCCGCGUCUCUGGUUCAGUAGAGUCCAGAGAGCCAGCAAGCAUCCCACGCAGAGAGGGCGUGAUGGGCCUCAGCGUCCUGGACCCCCACACUUCCCACUCAUGGCUGUGUGACGGCCGCCUCCUCUGCCUACAGGACCCCAGCAAUAGCAACAACUGGAAGAUCUUCCGGGAGUGCUGGAAACAAGGCCAGCCGGUGCUGGUGUCAGGCAUCCACAAGAAGCUUAACGGUUCUCUUUGGAAGCCGGAAGCCUUCAGUGAUGAGUUUGGUGACCAGGACGUAGACUUGGUUAACUGCAGGAACUGCACCAUCAUCUCUGACGUCAAGGUCAGAGAAUUCUGGGACGGCUUUCAGGUCAUCUCCAAGCGGUUGCAGGGUGCUGAUGGCCAGCCAAUGGUACUGAAACUCAAAGACUGGCCUCCAGGGGAAGAUUUCCGAGACAUGAUGCCCACACGGUUUGAUGACCUCAUGGACAACCUUCCUCUGCCUGAGUACACUAAGAGAGAUGGCCGACUCAACCUGGCUUCCCGUCUUCCUAACUUCUUUGUGCGGCCAGAUCUGGGCCCCAAGAUGUAUAAUGCUUAUGGUCUGAUCUCUACAGAGGACAGGAAGGUUGGCACCACUAACCUGCAUCUGGAUGUAUCAGAUGCUGUUAAUGUGAUGGUGUAUGUGGGAAUCCCUGAGGGAAACAACAACCAUGAAAAUGAAGCAGACCUCGCUGGAUACAAAGAGGUGUCGAUCACUAUUGAAGAGGGUGACGUGGAUGAGAUGACAAAGAGGAGGGUGUAUGAGGGGAAGGAAAGACCAGGUGCGCUCUGGCACAUUUAUGCUGCCAAAGACGCUGAGAAGAUCCGUGAGCUCCUGCGCAAGGUGGGGGAGGAGCAAGGUCAGGAGAACCCUCCAGAUCACGACCCCAUCCAUGACCAGAGCUGGUAUCUGGACCAGGUACUGCGCCGCCGGCUCUAUGAAGAAUAUGGGGUUCAGGGCUGGUCAAUCGUGCAGUUCCUGGGGGACGCAGUGUUUAUUCCUGCUGGAGCACCGCAUCAGGUGCACAACCUGUACAGUUGCAUUAAGGUGGCAGAGGACUUUGUCUCGCCGGAGCACGUGAAGCACUGCUUCAGACUGACGCAGGAGUUCCGGCAUCUUUCCAACACUCACACUAAUCACGAGGACAAGCUUCAGGUGAAGAACAUCAUCUACCACGCUGUGAAGGAUGCUGUGGGAACGCUGAAAGCUCACGAGUCGAAGCUAGUCCGAUCGUAGUUACACCACUCCAUGGCUGACACUGAACCCAAGUUUGGGCCAGACAACAGAAAGACUGGAGGUGUUGAAGGGGCACUUAUAAAGAAGUUUGGAGAGGUCCAUUGUGCUCACAGAACAAGCUCUUCAAUUUGAGACUUCUCUCAGCUUCAGGCUAGGAUGAAGAAUGUGCUUCAUCAGUGUUACGAAAAACAUUGUUUAGUUUUUUUCGAACGAUUUAAUUAAUUUUUCCCCCUCUGUAUUUAAACUAUCAGUGUCUGUUCAUUUUUUUUAAAUGUGCAAAGUUUGUUGGACUGUUCGAAAAGAAGCUAAUGGGUUUUUUAAGAGGGAUAAGCCUAAUUACCCCUUUUGAGUAAAUGUGAGCACUGGGCUUUUUUAGCGGUUUGUUUUCUUCAGUAGAGGAGAACUGUCUGUAAAGGAGGAGAGAGGAUAGCAAACAAGCAUGAGAAAAGAAAAAAAAUCCCUCCACCUUUUGGUCGAGGUGGACAUGAGGCCUGAAGGGAACUAGACCAAAGUUUUGUAUUUUUAGUUUUUAUUUUCAACUAAAAUGAAAACGUCUUGUUCUUUCUGUUUUUUUAUAGGCCAUUAAGUAAUUUGUCACUCAUGGUGAAUGCUAAGGAAGACUGGUUUUGAGAAAUGGUCAUUCAAAAAUCGAGAAUUCCAGUUAUGGACUACUGGUCAUUAAUAUGUAUCAAUAUAUAUAUUGAUCUUAGCAGUGUGUAUGAUUUUUCAAAAUAAAGUUUACAAAAAAGAAUUUGGCCCUGUUUUUUGUAAAUGGUACAGACUAAAUUUCUUAAAUUCAGCCAUUUCUGUUCAAUAAAACCUUUUGUGGUUCCUUGAUAACACUGCAAUAAACGAAGCGUUUUGAUACACUG